AUGGCAGGGCACGGCGCCAGCCUGCUCCUGCUCCUGGGUCUCAUGCCAGCUCUCCUCCUGGCCGUCAGGAUCAACAGCAAGGGCCGGGAAGUGCUGUACCUGGCCAAGGGUGACUCGGUGAAGCUGGGCUGCCCUUACGUCCUCGAGCCCGAAGACAAUGGUCCCCAGGGUGUGGGCAUUGAGUGGAUCCAGAUCACGCCCGAGCGCACCGGCCCCGAGAAUGUGUUCCUGUCCUACCAUGACCACCAUGUCAACUACGGCAGCGGCUCGGGGCUGCAGGACCGGGUGGCCUUCGUGCAGAAUGACCCCAGCCAGUACGACGCCUCCAUCCGCCUGGCUGACCUGCAGGUCUCUGACACUGGCACCUACCAGUGCCGGGUGAAGAAAAACACUGUGGCUGUGCACGAGGUUAUCGUCACUGUGCAAGAGAAGCCGGCCACCCCGCAGUGCUGGACCGAGGGGGAGCUGAUAGAGGGGAGCAGCAUCCUGCUGCGGUGCUACAGCCGGGGGGGCACCUCCCCGCUCGCCUAUCAGUGGGCCAAGCUGGCUGACGGCUACGGCGGGGGACGCCUGCCCUCUGGCACCAUCCAAGGACGUGCUCCUGGCGACCUGUUAAUCCGUAGCCUGUCGGAGGUGCACGCUGGCGUCUACCAGUGCCGCGUCACCAACCGUGUGGGCUACUCUGUGUGCCAGCUCAACCUCAGCCCUGCGCCAAGAGGAAGGCAGGCAGGCAUCAUCGUGGGCUCCAUCCUGGGCUCCCUCCUGCUCCUCAGUCUGCUCGGGCUCCUCAUCUGGGCUCUGAUUUGCCGCUACCGCCAGAAGGAGUGCCAGCGGACCUGCAGCGACUGCAGGAGCAGCACAGGCGGCACCAUGACCCGCGCCUGCAACGUCUGCGCCCACCACAGCUACUCGCCCCACGGCAUCAGCUACAUGCAGUGCCAGCACGGUGACAGUGACGAGCGGGCGGCCGCCCUCAUGUGCAACGAGGGCAUCCGGCACCAGGUUGCCUGCCCAGCGCUGUAA